AUGGCUGCCCUGGGCGAGGACUUGCUCACCACCGUCAACAAGCUGCAGGAUCUGGUCUUCAACACCAUCGGCAGCGACUCUCUAGAUCUGCCGCAGAUUGUCGUGGUCGGCUCGCAGUCGGCUGGCAAGUCGUCCGUCCUCGAAAACAUCGUCGGCCGAGACUUCCUGCCCAGAGGAAGCGGAAUUGUCACGCGACGACCCCUGAUCCUCCAGCUCAUCAACGUCCCCGAGGACGAUUCCACCCCGGAUCCGUCCCUCGAUCCCUACAGGUCCCCCGCUGCUGCCCGAAGGUCCGAAUGGGCCGAGUUCCAUCACAUCCCGAACCGACGCUUUACAGAUUUUUCCGAUGUCAAGCGCGAGAUCGAAAACGAGACGGCCCGAGUUGCUGGUAGCAACAAGGGCAUCAACAGGCAGCCCAUCAACCUCAAGAUUUACUCGCCCCACGUCUUGAACCUGACCUUGGUUGAUUUGCCUGGGCUGACCAAGGUCCCAAUCGGCGAUCAGCCCACCGACAUCGAAAAGCAGACAAGGAAUUUGAUCUCGGAAUACAUUGCGAAGCCCAACAGCCUCAUUCUUGCCGUAUCGCCCGCCAACGUAGACAUUGUCAAUUCAGAGGCAUUGAAGCUUGCCCGGCAUGUGGACGCUCUGGGAAGAAGAACCAUCGGUGUCCUCACCAAGCUCGACCUCAUGGAUCACGGCACGAAUGCGCUCGAUAUACUGUCGGGCCGUGUUUAUCCAUUGAAGCUUGGGUUCAUUGGCGUCGUCAACCGGUCGCAACAGGACAUCCAGGGCAACAAACCCAUGGAGGAGGCUCUGCAGGCCGAGAUGGACUUCUUCAAGCACCACCCGGCCUAUCGCAACAUAUCCACCCGAUGCGGCACCCAUUUCCUCGCCAAGACGCUCAACUCUACUCUCAUGUCGCACAUCCGAGAACGGUUGCCCGAUAUCAAGGCUCGCCUGAACACGCUCAUGGGCCAGACCCAGCAGGAGCUCGCUAGCUACGGCGACAUGCACUUCAGUGGCAAGGAGCAUCGUGGAUCUCUCAUCUUGCAGCAAAUGACGCGUUUCGCCACCUCCUUCAUCUCCUCCAUCGAUGGCACGUCGACAGAAAUCUCUACCAAGGAGCUGUGUGGCGGUGCGCGCAUCUAUUACAUUUUCAACUCGGUCUUUGGGAGCUCGCUGGAAUCCAUCGAUCCCACAUCAAACCUCUCGGCCCUGGAUAUCCGCACGGCGAUUCGAAACUCGACUGGUCCUCGACCAAGCUUGUUCGUCCCCGAAAUGGCCUUUGAUCUGCUGGUCAAGCCGCAGAUCAAGCUCUUGGAGAUUCCUAGCCAGCGCUGCGUGGAGCUCGUUUACGAGGAGCUCAUCAAGAUUUGCCACACCUGCGGGUCUACCGAGCUCUCGCGCUACCCCAGGCUUCAGGCGAAGCUUAUCGAGACGGUCUCGGACCUGCUGCGCGAGAGGCUGGGUCCUGCGUCAAGCUAUGUCGAGUCGCUCAUUUCGAUCCAACGGGCCUAUAUAAACACCAACCAUCCCAAUUUCCUCGGCGCAGCUGCCGCCAUGAGUAAUGUCGUCAGCGCAAAGCAGGAACGCGAGCGGAAACGGCUGAUACACGAGGAGCGCGAGCGUCGAGAGAAGCGUCGCCUCAAGGAGCUCAAUGCCGACGGUGCGGAGCAAACCAAAGACGGCGAAGCGGCCGCCGACAAGGAAAACAGCCGCAAGCAAACUUCCAAGCCUGGUCGCAGCUUGUCACCCGCCAUCCAGGAGACACCCCACGGCAGCCUGGCCCUCGCUGUCAACGGCAUCCGUUCAAAUUCUCCCUCACGCCUCAACGGCCAAGGCCUCGGAGGUGCCAGGGACACGUUCCUGAACUACUUCUUCGGUAAGGAUGGCAUCGCGCAGAAUGCCGCUUCGCCCGGGAGCCCGGCAAUGGCUGGUCGACACAUCAGCCAACCCUCUGAACUCAGCAUAUCGCAAUCCAUCCGUCGAGAGGACAAGAUGGCGCUACGGCCUGCCGCAACCUCGUCAGACGACUACGACCCCACGACGCGCAGUUACGGUUUGGCAUCUCAUCUUGGCGAGUCUAACGAACCCGCCAUGACCGACCGCGAAGCCAUGGAGACGGAGCUCAUCAGAGCUCUCAUCUCCUCGUACUUCAACAUUGUUCGGGAGUCCAUUGCCGACCAGGUACCCAAAGCCAUUAUGCAUCUUCUCGUGAACCAUUCCAAGGACGUCGUGCAGAACCGGCUAGUCAGUGAACUGUACAAAGAGAGCUUAUUUGAGGAAUUGCUGUACGAAGACGACGGCGUCAAGAAAGAGCGCCAGAAGUGCGAGAACCUCCUUCAGACGUACAGAGAAGCCGCCAAGAUCAUUGGCGAGGUUUUAUAG